GCGAGCUGAUUGGCUAACAGGCUGCAGGUGAGAAGAGAGAGAGGAACAGGGGGCGAGGGAGACAGGAACUGAAAAACCAGAACCAAGACAAACAAACUAAAGUAAAACAGAAACUGGGCUGAUCUGAUCAAACCAAGGUAGCAAUCAGUACAGUUAUGAAAAAUGAUUCAUAAUUUCACCAAAGGAAACAUUAUAGAUUCAUUCCUUGCAGACAGAAGUUUCUUUAUUUCAGUUUAUUUAAAUGAUUUUCUGCCUACAGUGAUUGAAAACAUUUAGCUUUAGAAUAUCCGAAUGAACAAUAUUCUAGUUCAUUUCAAAAGGCCUAUUUAAAGUACAUGGAGCCUCAUAAUGUGUUGAAUGUGUUGAACAGCCAGCAGUGUUAGUUUAACCAGUUACCUCAGGCAGCAGCAGCUGGUGGUUUCCUCUGAAACGGGUCAGAACGUGAUGAGCUUCCUGUCUGCUGCUGAGCCUCCGUCCAUCUGAGCAGCAGGAAGUUUGUUUCUCCAGAUAAUGCAGCUGCAGCGACGUGGAGGAACUCAGCAGGAGACCAGGAGCCUUAUCUCCCUUCCUGCUGCCCAUCAAACCGCCUGCUCAGAAACCAGGCGGCUGGAGGUUCUCCUCCUGCACCUCCUUCACUUCACCUCAGAGCCACUGAGCCUCAGUCAGCAUGCAGCUCUUCCUCCUCCUCCUCUUCCUCCCGCUGCACGGAGCCAUGGCCGCCUCGGUGCCUGGCUGCCACGGCGACAGAGACAAGGACCACCGGCCGAGGGAGAACUGCAGCCGCGCUGGGUUCAGCCACGUCCCAGCAGGACUGGACCAGGAGACGCAGGUCUUGUUGUUUCCAUCCAACCUGUUCUCCAGCCUGUCCUGGAGCUCCUUCCAGGUGUUUCCAGGCCUGUAUGAGCUGGACCUCACAGCCAACCAGGUUCCGGCCGUGGCCCCCAGCUCCGCUCCGGUUCUGGCCGGUCUGGCCGUCCUCCGGCUGGGCUCCAACCGCCUGACGUUCCUCCCUGACGGCGCCUUCGCCGCCUGUCCCGCUCUGACCGAACUCUACCUGCAGAACAACUCCUUGGCGUCUCUGACCGACCGCAGCUUCUCCGGGCUCAGCGUGUUGGAGAUCCUGGACCUGACGGCCAAUCGCAUCUCCAUCCUUCCUGCUCUCAUGCUCCACCCACUGACAGCCAUAGAAACCCUCUACCUGGAGAACAACCAGAUCCAGGUGAUGCCUGAUGGCUGGUUCAGCCAGAAGGAGGACGUGCCGUACCUCUACCUGUCCCUCAACCCCUGGGCCUGCUCCUGUUCCCUCGGUUACCUCCGCAGAUACCUGGACGACUUUGAGCUCAACAUCUACGUCAGAGACGGCGCAGAAAUCAGGAACGGCGUGGACAGUGUGGUGUGCGAUUCUCCGCGGCGCCACCAGGGGAAACCUGUAGUGACUCUGGAAGAGUCCGAUCUCUGCUCAGCAGACGGAGAACCAGAACCGCCUGGAAUGACCUCACUUCCUCCUGACCCGACAGCUCCAGCUGCUUCGGUCCAACCGUCCGGCCCAGAACCUCCAGCUGCAAUCUCUCCUCUUCAACCCACGACCCCUGACCUCAUGACCACGUCUGCAGAGCGGGCCUCAGUCCGCCACAGAGUCACACGGUCCUGGUACCGGACCUUCACCAGUCCGAAGCAACGCUCCCAUCACUCCAGCUCAGAGACGCAAACAGGAAGUUCAUCAGUUGGCUGGUUUAAUCGGAUCGCACACCCGACUACUGAAGUUCCUCUGGUUCCUGAUGUUCCCUCAACUACAGAUGUUCCCCUAAAUACAGAUGUUCCUCUGGUUCCUGAUGUUAAUGCCUCUCUGGUUCCUGAUGUUCCUACCAGCAGGGGGCAGCAUGUCAGCAGGGGGCAGCAUGUCAGCGUGGUUCCUACCAGCAGGGGGCAGCAUGUCAACGCGGUUCCUACCAGCAGGGGGCAGCAUGUCAGCGUGGUUCCUGCCAGCAGGGGGCAGCAUGUCAGCGUGGUUCCUGCCAGCAGGGCGGCGGUGUUGUGCGUCUGGCUGUCUGCAGGCUGUCUGCUGCUCUGCGCGGCGUCGGCGGCGUCGGUCCUGCUGACUCUGCUGAGGUUCUUCUUCUGCUACCAGAAGCUCUACAAGCGGCUGAGGCUAACGCUAGCAAGGAGGGCGAAGGCCAGGGAGGGCGCGGCUCUGCUGAGGAAGGAGGAGCAGGCAGCUGGAGGAGUGGUGGCGCUGUACCGCUCUCUGCUGUUUGUCCACAGAGAGGGAGGAGGCGCAGCGGGGAGGCAGGAGGGAGAAGGAGGACAGACGGUUACUCUGAAGCUAGCAGGAGACGGGACAGGAGGGGAGGACAGAGGAGUUUACAGGAGGAGCAUGUACCGCCUGGUCAGCAGAGAGGAGGAGCUGGAGGGAUGGAGGGAGGUGCUGGAGGAGUGCCGGGUCUCUGCAGAGGAUGGAGGCAGGAAGAGAGGGAGCAGGAGGGAGGAGGCGGCAGGAGGAGCAGCAGGAGGAGCAGCAGGAGGAGGAGCAGGAGGAGUAGCAGCAGGAGGAGCAGGAGGAGUAGCAGGAGUCUCCAGGAAACGCUACAGCGUGAUUCUGAGGGAGGAGCGGGAGGAGGCGGGGGGAGGGCGGGAGGAGCUGGACUGGGUGGUGGGAGGAUGGGAGGCGGGCCGAGGAGCGGAGGAGGGGCCGAGGAGCAGCUGGGGGGAGUGGCUGGCUGGCUAUUUACCCAGCAUGCUGUGGGGCCUGGCUGCUCCUCCUGAGGAGGCGGCAGCAGCAAAGUGAGGAGUCACCGUUGGCCUCCUGUUGCUCUGCUGGUUUCUCUCCCAGUUAAAGUUGUUCUGAUUAUUUUAGCCACAUUAGCAGAUGAAGGCGCCAUCAGGAGUCACACUAGGCCCACUGACCUCUGACCUUCAGUGACCUUCACCCUCCAGAUUCUCUCUACGCCUCUAUGCAGAUGACGCCGUCUUUCGUUUAACUGAAAGCAGAAACUGUAGAUGAUCUGCAGGCUUCAUGGACCAGUUAUCAUCACAGCUUCCACUGAACUACAGCAACGCAGCGUUUACUGCCGGUUACCAUGGAAACGGCCUGCACAAAUUAAACCUUCACUGAAACCAAA